GUGCAGGUUAGAUCUCCGUGGCAUCGCUUCAUCGAAUUUCGAUCCCCAAGCCCGGCCCCCGGACCGCCAUGAGACAUACAAAUCACCUAUUUGUAUUCCUGGCGAUCGCAAUAUUUUCCACUUCUCUCAGCCAGGCGGAAAAGCUGAAGUCGAAUGUCAGACGGACCUCGGGCCUGGUCCCGUACCCCAGGAUCGGUCGGAACUCCGAGAUGGUCGGAUUCUCGAGAUCCGAUCGCGCAGCCGGAUUGUUGCAUUUCCCGAGGGUCGGUCGAUCCGAUCCGGCAACUUCGAAUGUUAAUUUCAACUGGUACCGUGAUCCGGAGAACGACGCGGAUCUGCAGUUUUAUAACGUGCGCGACUUGAAGCUGGAUGCCGGCCUUGAUCAGGAUUACGAAGGAUUCACCGGAAGAUCGAGGAACAAGAACGCGAGGGACCAAUGGAUCAUGCCGGAGCGUCCGCACGCGGACCAUCGACCAAUGCAGAAGAUCGAUGAGCCGAGGCCGCUGUUCGCCGGCUUGCAAGCUUUCCGACCGAUCGUUGCAGGUCCCCGGAACAGCCAGCUGGCCUUGAACGAUUACACACCGAGACUGGGACGAGAAACUGAAUUUUAACGAGCUUUUCGCCAGCGAGACUACCGAGUUCACGCGGUGCGAGACUUCGUCGGCCGGACGGUCCUCGUCAAUUCGCACCAGCUACGAACAAUGUUAACCUUUGUACAGAAAGCGGCAAAUAGAUUCUCUGUGCACAAAU